UGGGAGAAGGAACGGAGGCUUGGAAAUUGCAUUGACCGACACGAUUUUUAUUUGCUAAAUUCGAAACGAUAUAAACUUAACAUAAGACGGUACAGGUUUGGAAGAGCACCAGUUGUUUCUUUCGCCUGCUCUGGCGUUAUUUUAGCUUGCUGUCACUCUGAAAAUACGCCAAAGAAAGACAAACAUCGGAGACAGAGAAGACACAAAAAACGGCUUUUUUGACAGCGUCCGUUCGGUCCACGCAAAGUCUGAAGAAGCAGAAUGGCAUCCAGGAAAAAAGUUCUACUGAAAGUCAUUAUCUUGGGAGAUUCAGGGGUUGGAAAGACGUCUUUGAUGAACCAAUAUGUCAAUAAGAAAUUCAGUAACCAGUACAAAGCUACAAUAGGAGCCGACUUCCUCACCAAGGAGGUUAUGGUGGAAGACAGACUUGUGACUAUGCAGAUAUGGGACACGGCAGGACAAGAGCGCUUCCAGUCUCUGGGCGUGGCGUUUUACCGCGGCGCGGACUGCUGCGUGCUGGUGUUUGACGUUACGGCGCCCAGCACGUUCAAGACUCUGGACUCGUGGAGAGACGAGUUUCUGAUCCAGGCCAGUCCCCGUGACCCAGAGAACUUCCCCUUCGUGGUGCUGGGAAACAAGAUCGACCUUGAAAACAGACAGGUGACGACUAAACGAGGCCAGGCAUGGUGCCAGAGUAAGAACAACAUCCCAUACUUUGAAACAAGUGCCAAGGAGGCGAUAAACGUGGAACAGGCGUUCCAAACCAUUGCAAAAAAUGCCCUCAAACAGGAGACGGAGGUGGAGUUGUAUAAUGAAUUUCCAGAGCCGAUAAAGCUGGACAGGAAUGACAGAAACAAGCCAUCAGCGGAGAGCUGCAGCUGCUGAGACGCACACACACACACACACACACACACACACACACACACACUCUUUCUCUCUGAUAUGACAAACCAGCACUCUUCCUGCUCUGUAAAUACAUACACUCCAAUAAAACACAUUCAGACACCCUUAUCCACACACACACACACACACACACACACACAUCCAUAGAAGCGCUGUGUCAGACCUCAUCCAGAGUAACAUCUGUAUCUUUACACAGUCAUAAACACAUACACCUACCAGUGGAUCAGAGUUCAGAGUUCACCAGGAACCAUGUUAUUUCUGCCACAGGGGUUCAUCCGUGUCCUCCCGUCAGAGAUGGGGGUUUUGUUUGUUCGUUUGUUUGUUUUUUUAUUUUGUUUAGUUUAUAUGAUUCUUGUGCUGUGUUGAUUUUUUUUCUUUGACUUGUGGUGCUCUGUUGCCUGCUUAACUGUUAGGGAAACUGAUGCACUUGAAUUCUGGAAAUCAUGUUGUAUAUUGUUUGCAGUUUGCCUUUUUUUUUUAAACAUUUGUUUUUAUUUCUUAGUAAAGUGACCUAUUAGAAAAAGCUGGUUUGGAACGGGGUCACUUAAUCACUUAAUGUUCUCUAUCCUAUAACAUGUUCACCAUGACUCCACCUCUUUCAUAUCCUUGCCUCCCAUUGGUCAUGUAGCUGUGAAGAGCAUGAAACAUAACCAAUAAUCUUUAGGAUACCACAUGUUGAUCCGUAACUUAGGCUGUUUGGGAAAAUGUGGAGCUAAAUCACUGGUAGUAUGAUUACAUUGUUGUACACAUUAAUCUUUUUAUGCAGUACAUACCAUUCCCUUCUUUAGAAAAGAAAAAAAAAACAACAACAACCCAAAUAUCCCAUCGCAGCUACGUUUGAAAACUCCCAGAAGUUUAGAUGAUUUGGACACUAAAACAGAAUGGAUUCUUUGUGUGAAGACUUCUUACACCUGCUGUGGCCAAGGUGGUCCAGCAGUGCCUAGAUAAAGCUGACACAGUGAAGUGAAUGUCCCGAGCCCUAAGUGUGUUGAGCGAGAUUCAGGUGUGUGGAAUCAGGGCUUGUGGUUGAUCUGCCUACAGUCGCUGUGGGAGAAUGCAGACUCAGGAGACAGUUAAUCCAAUGCAGACACACUAACGAUGGGAUCACCUAAUCACAGACAGACUCCUGUUAAACCUCUCUCUCUCUCACACACACACACCCUUAAGAGAAAUGUCACAGAUUCUGAGGUGAAUUACUCUUAAACUCAGCUGCUGCUUAGCCCUUCACUUUGACCUGCGGCUGCGAUUUAAUUCUUGCUUUUGGGUCCUAAUCCCCCCUUUUAUCUGUCAUUCUGUCUCUCUCUCUCUCUCUCUCUCUCUCUCUCGUGCUCUGCAGAUAGUGCAAGCUGGGGUGUGUGUGUGCACGUGUUUUACCAAGUGCUCUACCUUUGAACAGCCCCACAUGUUGUGAAGCUAGUGUAACGCCUGCCCUUCAAUCCCAAACUGCCCCGUUUAAUUCAGAAUCACACUGACCUGUUGUCCAUUCACGAACAGACUGCUGCUUGUCGUUCUUCAUGGUAUUAUACAAUAAUAUGAAUGAGUACUCUUGUAAUUAACAAAAUAUAAAUCAAUUCAAUGCCAUCGAAGUUGUAUAAAACUUCCAGUUCUUGAGUUUAAUGUAUUAUGAUAAUAAAAUUGUUCUUGAAUCAAA